GGCAAUGACGUCACAAAGCUCCUGCUCCCUAUGACGGUAUGGCGUGGCAGAGAGAUUUACAGACACGGAGAGCAGGGGAAAGGCUGUGUGGGGUCUGAGGACAAAGAGGUUUCCCUCGCCUACUUCCACGCUCCUCGCCAAGCCAAAUGGUGGUAAUCCUAAGGAACACAUUCAAAUGAUGCUGGCAACGGCACGCAGCGGAUUCUGGGAUUUGUAGGCGACUCUGGGGCCACGGUCCAGGCAACAGAGAGGGAGAGACGCAGGUUUGUGACUACAAACAAUCCCAGUAUGCAUGGCGCCGCCUGGACGCCAUUUUUGUAGUUCUAGCAUACAAUCCCAGAAGUCCCUGCUCCGAAGCCAUGUUUGUAGUUUUCGCGCCGGUAAAUCUAAGCCGCGAUUCCUCUUGGGACUCUUGGGACUUCCGUGACCAGCAAGAGCUCUGAAGUGAGAAACGAAGGGAUAAAGAGAUUAAACCAGAAGAAAAUGAUGUGGUGACUGUUUUUGAGCCCAGCUAUUCCAUACGGAAUGCAGUGUAUGCAGUGUCCCAUGCCCUCCAUAAAACGCUGUUGAGCAAAAUUGAAAUGGGACCUAAAGAAGACAGAAACAUGGACUGGCUUCUUCCAUGCCAGGUAAGCCUCACUCAUAAGCAAGGGAAGCACCGGGAUCUUAUAUUAUUGAAUGCAUUGACCUACAAUGAUGUGCAUGUGAACUUCACUCGAGAAGAGUGGGCUUUGCUGGAUCCUUCCCAGAGGAAUCUUUACCAAGAUGUGAUGCUGGAGACCUACAGGAAUCUCACUGCUAUAGGCUACAGUUGGGAAGAUCAUAAUAUUGAAAAGCAUUGUCAGAGUUCUAGAAGACAUAUAAGGUAUGAAAAUACUCAUAGUGGAGACAAACCCCCUGAAGAUACUCAAUAUGGUGAAGUCUUUACACAUCACAGGAGUCCCCACACAUAUGAAAGUAAGCAUAUUCGUGAGGACCGCUAUGAAUCAAACCAAUAUGGUAACGCUUUUGCACAUAACAGUCAUCUCCUAAGACAUAAAAGGACACAUAUAGCAGAGAUAUCUGAUGAAUGUAACCAAUGUGGCAAAGCCUUUGCAGGUAACAGUACUCUUAUAAUACAUAAAAAAGCUCACACUGGGGAGAAACGUUAUGAAAGUAACCAAUGUGGUAAAGCCUUGGCAAAUAAUGGUUAUCUCCUAAGACAUAGAAGAACUCACAGUGGAGAAAAACCUUGUGAAUGUAACCAGUGUGGUAAAGCCUUUGCAUGUAACCGUGAUCUCCUAAGACAUAAAAGAAUUCACAGUGGAGAAAAACCCUAUGAAUGUAACCAGUGUGGUAAAGCCUUUGCAUACAACAAUGGUCUCCUAAUACAUAAAAGAACUCACACUGGAGAAAAACCUUAUGAAUGUAACCAAUGUGGUAAAGCCUUUGUACAGAGGAGUACUCUCCUAUUACAUAACAGAACUCACACGGGAGAGAAACCCUGUAAAUGUAACCAGUGUGGUAAAGCCUUUGCAAACAGGUAUAUUCUCCUAGUACAUAACAGAACUCACACUGGUGAAAAACCUUAUAAAUGUAACCAGUGUGUUAAAGCCUUUUCAUCUAAACAAAAGCUCCUACUACAUAAAAGAAUUCACACUGGAGAGAAACCCUAUGAAUGUAACCAGUGUGGUAAAACCUUUGCAUCCAACUACGUUCUCCUAAUACAUAAAAGAGUUCACACAGGAGAGAAACGUUAUCAAUGUAACCAAUGUGGUAAAGCCUUUUCGCAGAACAGUCAUCUCCUAAGACAUAAAAGAACUCACACUGGAGAAAAACCUUAUGACUGUAACCAAUGUGAUAAAGCCUUUACAUCUAACACUGAACUCCUAAUACAUAAAAGAACUCACACGGGAGAAAAACGUUAUGAAUGUAACCAAUGUGAUAAAGCCUUUGCAUGUAACAGUAAUCUCUUAAGACAUAAAAGAAAUCACACUGAAGAAAAACCCUAUGAAUGUAACCAAUGUGGUAAAGCCUUUGCAUGUAACAGUGAUUUCAUAAGACAUAAAGGAACUCACACUGGAGAAAAACCUUAUGAAUGCAUCCAAUGUGGUAAAACCUUUGCACAGAGGUAUACUCUCCUAGUACAUAACAGAACUCACACUGGAGAAAAACCCUAUGAAUGUAACCAAUGUGAUAAAGCAUUUGCACAGAACAGUAGUCUCCAAAUACAUAAAAGAACUCACACGGGAGAGAAACCUUCUGAAUGCAACGAAUGUAGUAAAGCCUUUGCAUGUAACAGUGUUCUCCUAAGACAUAAAAGAACUCACACUGGAGAGAAACCUUAUGAAUGUAACCAAUGUGGUAAAGCCUUUGCAUAUAACAGUGUUCUCCUAAGACAUAAAAGAACUCACACUGGAGAGAAACCUUAUGAAUGCAAUGAAUGUCGUAAAGCCUUUGCACAGAACAGUCAUCUGGUAGUACAUAAAAAAAUUCACACUGGAGAGAAAUCUUAUGAAUGUACCCAAAGUGAUAAAGUCUAUGCAUUUCAGAGUAGUCUAUAAAGUCUAUGCAUUUCAGAGUAGUCUCUGAAGACAAAAAGAACACAUCCUGGAGAAAAACCUUAUGAAUGUAAGCCAUGUGGAAUCAGCUUUUUACAACAGUCUCAUAAUAAAGUCUUUUCAUGUAAGAGUCAUCUUGAACAAGAACACUUAUUGGAGUGAAACCCUAUAAAUGUAAACAACGUGUGAAAAACUUUUCAUGCCAUAAUAAUCUCCAUCUACAUAGAAGAAUGCACACUGGAGAGAAACAUUACAAAUGUAACCAAUGUGAUAGAGCAUUUUGACAUAAUAGUAAUCUCCUAUGACAUAAAAAAGACAUACUGGAGAGAAACCAUAUGAAUGUAAGCAAUGUGGAAAGGCUUUGCAUGUAACAGUCAUCUCCUUAUACAUAAAAGAGCUCACACUCGAGAGAAACCUUAUUAAUGUAACCUAUGUGGUAACAUACUUUCUCCAGCAGGGAUACAUUUCAUAAACAUUCCCAAAUGAUACCACCAACUGAGAAGGAUUCAUUUCUCUGACUUCAAAUGUACGUGUUUGAUUUCUGUUACAUGAAAGAAUUCAUGAUGAAGAAAACAUUUAUAGAUAAGCCUGUAGUUGCCUCAACACCUGAGUUCAGUAAUGAAUGCUUAUAUAAGUAAAACAUUCAUGAGUAAACAUAUUUAAGAAUUAGUUUUAAUUUCCAUUAUGUGAUAACAGUUUGUCUUUGUGUUUUUGAUGUGCCUGUCCUUUCUAGUUUCCAUGAAGACCAGACCUUAUCGUCUGGUCUUUCUGAGACCAGAUCUUCUCAUACCAGGAAUUCUAGAAAGUUGUCAAAAACCUUACCUAGGUCCUGGGAAUGAACUUGUCUUAACUGCAAAGCCAUGUCUCUAGUACUGUAAAUAUCUUAUAUUAUCGUGAUGUCAGGAAGUAGAAAAGAAUUCAUAGGAGAGCAACCCUAUUUGUACAAAGGAGUUGAUUACUUUGUACAUAAUAAAUGUAUCCAUUUUCAAGAAAAGAACCUUUUUUGUAUCUGUUUUUAUCAUAGCCUUGGAGGAAGUAAAUUAUUUACCAUGUUCCCUUAAAUGUAAUGGAGCAGAACACCAUUUAUGAUUGUGGUCUGAAUUUUGAACAUUGGAGUAGGGAUUGAAUUUGCUGUAUGUGUAGCAAAUCCAUUCACAGAAGUUUAUGAGGUUGUUCUGAUAUUCCUUCUGUGGUGGCUGUUCGUAUUCUAAUGCAUUUCCACUUGGUGAAAGGUAUUUUUCUGUGCAAUGUAUAGAAUGGGAUCCCCAUCAUCUAUGUGGUCCAUUGCUUAUUUAUAUCAGGCAGUCUGUGAUCAUAGUUUUCAAGGAAGGGUCUCUGAGGACGUGUGGUAUUUUUUUUUUUAUGUUUUCACAAAUUCAUUUAAAAUGUUUGUUUUUAAGCCUUGCUUGGAUAUCAAUAAUUAAUAAAUGCUCAAUAGUAUGUGUGUGUGUAUAUAUAUGUAUAUGUUGUUUGAAGUUCCAUGUUUCUGCAUUUUCCCACAUUUACUAUAUGGCACAUCAUCUUCCUAGAGAUUUAUCUAGCUUUCUUAGAGAUUAUCUAGCCUUCUUAGAGAUUUAUCUAGAGGUACUAGUUAAUGUAACAGCAAUGAGAUUUAUUUCAAAACAUGUUGUGUGUUUAGUGGACUAUUCAUUCUUAGGCUAUGACAGAUAUAUGAAGACUGUCUGACACUUUGUGGGGUUUAUUUUAGUCAUGCUUAUAUGAUCUUCAAGUUUAUGUUGUCAGUUUUGCAUAACAGUCUUCGCACUGAGCUCACUGACAUGCACAAAAUUAGUUGAAACAUUACAUCAGUACAAUAUUGUAUUUUAUUCAGAUUAUGAAUAUAUUGUCAUCAGAGAAUGGAAUAAUAUAAAAUGAUUUGAA